AUGACGCAAGCAGUCGCAGCAGAUGCGCUCGUGGUGGGAGCAGGCUGGGCAGGAACCGUAGCAGCACUGCGACUGGCCGAAGGCGGAAAGAGGGUCAUCGUGCUAGAGGCUAGACAGAGAGUAGGGGGCAGAGCCUUCACGCACACUUGGACACCCGACACCAAGUUCGAGGACAAUUCUAGAAACACUGAACCGUCUGCGCAAGGUGGAAAGCAGUGGGCCGUGGAUUUUGGUGAGUCGCCAGUGACCGUUGCAUGAUUAUCGUUGUUACUAGUUACUACACGAUGCAAUCUGCUUCUGGCUCACGUGUCGGUCUCUGCCUUCCGCUGGUACAGGUUGCUCAUGGAUACAUGGAUACAAGGAGGGCAACCCUGUCAAGGCGCUGGCGGAAAGGUACAAUAUUGUGCGUCAUAUUGCUCAUUUCGCGCCCCGCAUUCCCUCCAUUCCCUAACAAAGUCAUCCGUCGCGUGGCGCUCGUAUAGCCCGUGCACAUCCCGAAGCCAACCGCCUCACAAAUCAUAGGGCCUAAUGGUGAAUGAAGGGGACGAGAGAGAGAGAGAGGUUGCGAGGCAGAACAAGCUCAUCCUGAUUCUUUUCGCGCGUCUCUAUCCCCUUUCAGGUCCGUUGGCGGAAAGCCUGUCAGCAAAAAUCACAGAGAAUCUCGGUAAAGCCCAAGCAGCGGCAAAGUCUGCGCUUUCUAAGCAAGGGCAGACGACCUCGGCCGACAAGUCGCUAGCUUCUAUCGUACUGGCUGCUGACUCACCCUUGUAUGCCGGGCUGAACGACUCGGAGAAGGAGCUGGCAGCGAGUCACGCUCGGCUGUUGCACGUGCCUCUCGGCAUCACGUUGGAACAAGCAGCGUCGCUCGGAUCCGACAAGGCUUUUGGAGGAACGGACGGGGCCCCAGAAGGAGGUUUCACGCGUCUCGUCAAAUCCUUGGUCGACGAUGCCAGCUCCAAAGGUGCAACAUUCAACCUGGGAGAAGUGGUGCAGCAGAUUUCGCCGUUGGAGAACGGCAAGGGUGUGAGGGUGAGGACGAGGAAUGCGGAGAGCGGCAAGGAAGCACUGUACGAGUCGGCCUCCGCUAUCGUCACCAUACCACACGCUGUGCUGCAAAAGUCGCUUGGCAUCUUCCAACCUAGCUUGCCAGCGGAACGCGUGGCUGCUAUCGUGAGUCGGCUCUUCUGGGCAGAUUGGCGAGGUAUUUGGCAGCUCAUGACCAUACUUUCGACACAAACAAAGAAACGCACUACGGUGGGCAAUCUCAACAAAGUGAGUGUCGGACGCGUUGAUCAGUCCCUCGUCUUAGAGCUCAUAAUCCGCAUCGGGCCUGAAUGGCUCGCCUCAGGUCCUAUUGACCUACACAGAGCCGUGGUGGGAUGCACAAAUAGGUACCUUUACUGUUCUGGCUACAGAGAAGGGGGAGGUAACACCCGACACUCCUUUGAGGGACGGUGAGCAUCUUCUCAGCUACAUCUCCGCGUCAUGCGGGCUGCUAACGACCUCGACUUGUCUUCCAUUUGCGCAGCGCUAGCUCGUACCACCCUCAUAGUCUCGUCCUUGUGCGCUCCCACUGGUCUGCCCGGCGAUUCGAGUUCUCUCCUCGUCAUGGUUGGAGCAGACGCUGCCAAGACCAUCGAACGCCAUGGUCGACAAGAAGCAGCUCAAAUUGUUCACGACUACCUCGUCCCGAAGUUGGCCAGACAAGGCGCCUCUCCUCAGCAGCCCAAUCAUACAUUCUACAGCCGAUGGGCUAAGCGUAAGUCGGAGGCAGCAACGACGCACAAGGCCGGCCAAAGUGGGGCUCAUGAGCAAAGAUACUGAUCUAAAACAUGUUUACACCUCAUCUUCGCUCUCUGCGAGGAGCAGAGGCUUUCACAGGCGGAGCUACGACGACCCCAUUUGCGGUUGGAGGAGGAACUCGGCAAGACCUUGCGGAGCUAUCUCGCCCUCUCUGGAGCGGUGCAUUGCGUUUCGCUGGUGAAGCUACCGAACCGGACCGUGAGUAAUGCAGCGUACGACGUGUGAGCUGAGCCAUCGAACGCUGACCUUUCGGUUGCGACAGACCGCGGCAGCAUUGCAGGAGCAGUAAUCUCGGGGGAUCGAGAAGCUGCUGCUCUCUUGUCUUCGCGUUUGUGA